UGAUCCUCUCCUAGGUGCCUUGUCUCCUCCCAGCGACAGCUCCGGCUCGGUGAUUGGCUGCUCAUGGCGAGGGGCGGGACUUGUUUCCUGCUCGUGCUGUUUUUCUAGCUGGUGGAUCAGCCUCGACGUCAGUUUCGGUAACAGCCAGACGUCGAGGACAGCAGAAAGUGACCUUACGUGAGGACGUUGUGGCAGCUUUAAGGCUGCAUAUGUCAUUUCUUAUUACACAUACAAACACGGAGAUUAUCCUGACCAACGGAGGAGUUUAACAAUUCGUCCUCCGACAAGGAAAAUCGAGGAAAUAGGGGAUUUCGUCGGCGCUGGCUCUGUCCUUCCUGUCCAGCCCUUUGUUUUUCACGGCUGCUCUCGAGCAGGAGACCAGUAGCGCCCCCGUGCGAGCACAAGAGUUUUAGGAUAGGGAGCCAGACGAGCGGUCGUGCCUCUUGCCUCCCGACCGACGUGGGUCCCCCCAGCUCAGUUAUCCGAUGCGGAGUGAGGAUGAGUCCCGCUCUGGAAGCCCUGAUGCAGGCGGACGGGACUCCAUAUCCCGGAAAAGGGGUGAUGCUUGAGCCAUUCGUGCACCAGGUGGGAGGCCACUCCUGUGUGCUACGAUUUGGGGAACAAACAAUCUGCAAGCCCCUCAUUCCCCGGGAGCACCAGUUCUACAAGAGCCUCCCCCCUGAAGUGAGGAAAUUCACCCCUCAGUAUAAAGGUGUAGUGUCGGUCAGUUUUGAAGAGGAUGAGGAAGGGAACCUGUGCCUCAUUGCCUACCCCCUCCACAGUGAAUCGGGAGACCUGGAGAACAAAGAUCCCUCAUCAGACUGCGAGCCCAAGACCAAGAUGCUGAAGUGGAGCAACAAGAAGCAGUCCACGUUGCUCCUGGACAAUGACAACUACGGCAAAGACCGAGCUCGACACAGCCGUAAAGAAGAUAAGAUCAUGAGUUAUAAUCGUGACGAGAUGCAGCAGCAGAAGCAGGCGGAGGUUCUCUACCUCAGCCUGGAGAAGGGCAAUGUUGUGCCACAGAUCAAACACAACCCCUGGAGUCUUAAAUGUCACCAGCAGCAUCUGCAGAGGAUGAAGGAGAAUGCAAAGCACCGUAACCAAUACAAAUUUAUCCUUUUGGAAAACUUGACAUGGCGCUACACAAGACCAUGUGUUUUAGACUUGAAGAUGGGAACUCGCCAACAUGGGGAUGACGCAUCGGAAGAGAAGAAAGCCCAUCAGAUUCGCAAGUGUCAACAGAGCACAUCUGCAUCUAUUGGAGUGCGGCUUUGUGGCAUGCAGGUAUACCAGUCAGACUCAGGCCAGCUGAUGUUCAUGAAUAAGUACCACGGUCGUAAGCUGACCCUCGCAGGCUUCAAAGAGGCUCUCUACGAGUUCUUCCACGACGGGCGCCGCCUGCGUCAAGAGCUGCUGUCCCCGGUACUGCGGCGACUCCGGGAAAUGCAGGCCGCCUUGGAGGCCUGUGAAUCCUACCGCUUUUACUCCAGCUCCCUGCUCAUCAUCUAUGACGGAGACCCUCCCAGGACUCCCAGUAGACCCAGACACCGUGGUGGGGAGGAGGGUGAUGAGGAUGAGCCAUCUGAUGAAGAGGACGAGGAAGAUGAGGAGGAGGAGGAGGAGGAGGAAGAAGAAGGCGCCUUUGGUUUCCCUCGUUCCUCCUCAGCCGGUGGCAGCACUGGUGUAGCUGGGGGGAGCAGCAACAGUGGCAGCAGUCGCUCCUCUCACAGCACAGGAGAGGCCAGCAGCCCCGAGGUGGACGUGCGCAUGAUUGACUUUGCUCACACGACCUGUCGGCACUUUGGAGAAGACAGCGUGGUUCACGAAGGCCUGGACAGUGGGUUCAUCUUCGGCCUGCAGAACCUGAUCACCAUCAUCUCCCAGCUAGAAGAUCAUAGUUCGGACUGAGGCUGCUGCGGAGCCAGUGUGGUCAUAAAUUUUAAGCAUGGGAAGAGCUCAGUGAGCUGAAACCCUGCUAUGGUGCAUCGUCCUUCUGCUGACGUGGGGGUCUGAGCCUCUUCUGCUUGGAGGGAACCUCAGACACCUCGGGGCCAGGGGGAGAGUCUGUGUGGUCGUUCCUGCGCUCUCCCUUACCUGCCAGAGGACAGGGCUGCCUGGGCCCUUGUUGCACUUUUCUCUUUCUGAGACUGCUCCUUUUCUUUGUAAUGAGUGGUAGGAGAGAUGUUUUGCGCGGUGGCGGUCUCUCAGAAACCACUAGGAUCCCCCUCUCCUUCACUGGUACAGACUAGUUUCUUCAUUGUUAAGUCCUCUCUUAGAGAGAAUGAGCGAGGCAGCGAACAUUGGAGCUCAAGUGUAGCUGUAGGAGCCUGACGUGGUGCUUUACCUGUGAUAUGAGCUAAGCUUUUUUCCCCCUAGAUGAAGUUUGGACUGCCAGUCCCCAACAAGCACAGCACAUUUCUAGUGGGGAAGUUGACUGAACAAGCUGACCUUGGCAGGCUAGGUCAACAGCCUUGUAGCAAUUGACAACGUAAGCCUCUGAGAAGGACAUUUUGUGUUUUACUGGUGUCUCCAAAGACCCUUGCAACAAAAAUGGUUAGUGAGUCCACCAGGCACUUGGAUUUACAUUUCUUUGGUGGAAGAACAAGAUUAUUUAGUUCUAGAAGAAGGGAUUUGCCUUUUUUCUCCCCCAUACCUUUUUGCCUAUGAAAGACUUUUUGCUAUAAGGGGAUAAUAUCCUUGUUUUGUCACCGUCUUCGUUUUCGUCUGAUUUUCUCCUCUUCAUUCCUGAAACUCUGACUAAACAAAGAGAAUAUAUUGAUUAAAAACACUAGCUAAAAAGACUAUAUAGAGACUAUUUAUUUGCAAGGAUUGUUUGGAAAUGUUUAAAAAAAAAUGGAAAAAGCUACAUUCCAUAUUACCACUCUCUAAAUGUUCUGUUCUGAUACCGACUUUGAUUUAUUUUAUUAUUGCAAGAGCCGAUACCUCUCUUGUAUACCUGUGUGUUAACAGUGUCUUGAAAAAUAAAGGCAUUCAUUUGUGGUAAAA